AUGGCUCUCUCUUCGCACCAUGAAAUCGACGAGACAGAACUGGGCAAUCUGGGCGUCGACUGGGUGAUCCACUAUCAAUUCGAGAAUCUUGAAACCUCUCAAGCGAUCAAAACCUUUCAGACUCUCAUCCACGAUCUCGAAGAAGCCAAUCUCCAAACUCAAGUCCGACACGGCGAUGGCGCCUCAUUGCUGGUCUGUGUCCGCGUUCCCCGCGACCAUCUCGGACACAUGAUCCACGAGUCGAGGGUCAAGGACUGGCUCUAUGGGAUCAUCCACGAACUUCCCUCGGGAAACAACACCGACGCUGAGACACCCGCCGAAGAAUUGCGGUCGGUCUACCACGCCGUCUCCUGGCAGAAACACUUGGGUGGUGCGGGCAUCACCCCGGGAGUUGGCAAAUGGGAGUCUGUGGCGUCUGCGUUCCCACUGCACGACCAGGGUGCGAAUGCCGAGUUGCUGCGCAAGAUGAGUCGAGCGAUGACGCUGACUGAUGAGGACUUGAAUGCGAUACGGGCGUUGUUCGGUGAGAAGGUGGGCUUUUACUUUGCAUUCAUACACUGCUACUCGAUCUUUUUGGUCUUUCCCGCCGUGUGGGGGGUGGUCUGUUGGCUGUGCUUUGGGCCGUACUCCAUCACCUGUGCCGUGGUCAAUUGUCUCUGGGGCAUCGUGUUUGUGGAGUACUGGAAGAUCCGCGAGACGGAUCUGAGUCAACGAUGGAAUGUCAUGGGAGUCGGCGCGCUGAAGGCCAACCGGCCGCAGUAUGUCUGGGAGAAGGAGGUGCAGGACCCCAUCACGGGGGAGACGAUCCGGGUGUUUUCGAUGCGGCAGCAGCUCUUGCGCCAGUUGCUGCUGAUCCCUUUUGUGAUGGUUGCGUGUCUGGUCCUGGGAUCGCUGAUCGUCGUCACGUUUGCCAUGGAGGUGUUCAUCUCGGAGGUGUAUGCAGGCCCGCUCAAGGGAUAUCUGGAGUUUUUGCCGACCGUGCUGUUUUCGCUGUCGCUGCCGACGAUUACGUCGCAGCUGACGGCCAUUGCCACGCGACUGACGGAGUAUGAGAACUACCGCACGCAGGACCAGUACGAUCUGGCGCAGACGUCCAAGACCUUUGUGAUGAAUUUCAUCACGGCAUUUCUCCCCACGUUGCUCACGGCCUUUGUCUACGUCCCGUUCGGCACCCGGAUCGUCCCGUACCUCGACGUCUUUCAAGUGCGAGCCAAGGAAUUCUCCCCCUUCUAUGUCGACACGUCCCGUUUCCAGCAGGAGGUGAUCUACUUGUCCGUGACGGGCCAGGUGCUCAGCUUCGGCGAGGAGGUCGUCCUCCCCUACGUGAAGAAGGUCCUCUGGCGAAAGUGGCGCGACUACCGCCUCCAGCAAGCGCAGCAGAGCCGUCCACGGCGCCACUCGCGCCUCACCGACCUGCUGCUGAUUGACGCGCCCGAGGAAUCCGGCUUCUUCCGGCGCGUCCGCAACGAAGCCGACGCCGACGAGUACAAUGUGCACGAGGACAUCUUGGAGAUGUGCGUGCAGUACGGAUACCUCGCGCUCUUCGGGGUCGCCUGGCCGCUGGUCCCGCUGGGCUUCCUCAUCAAUAACUGGCUGGAGCUGCGCGGCGACUUCUUCAAGCUCACCCUCGAGUGUAAGCGACCGCCGCCCAUCCGCACCGACUCGAUUGGGCCCUCGCUGCAAGGGCUCGAGUUCCUCACCUGGCUGGGCACGCUGUCCACCGCCGCGAUCGUCUACCUGUACCGCGACGGCAUGGCGCAGGUGCACUUCUCCUCGCUGCUGCUGGCGCUCCUGGUCGCCGAGCAGGCCUACCUGGGCGUCCGCUUUGCGGUGAGUACGGGCCUCCAGAAGCUGGGCUCCGGCACGCUGCGCCGCGAGGCGGCCAAGCGCUACGCGGUGCGCAAGAGCUACCUGGACACGGUCGGCGCGACGUCGGGGAGGAGCAAUGGCAAACCGCGCGUGCGGUUCAGUGACCGGGUGGAUGUGUUUAGCUCGUCGCGCGACUCGUCGCGCGACUCGUCGCCGACGGAUCCGGUCGAGACAGGGUCGGCCGAGCUGCACGAGGAGACGCCCUAUGCGUCGGAGCAGGAAGCGGAGUUUUGGACGGAGUGGAAUGCGCUGGAUGUGGGGGUGAAGUUGAUCAAGGCGUUAAGUGGGGAGGAGAGGAAGAACAAGUAG